AAACUAUUGUGUAUACUCGAGAGCGAAACUGUUUGUAUACUUUUUUUUCAAAUAAAGCAUUCGAAUUGUCAUAAUCACGAGCAAUUGCUGACGAAUUAGCGCAGUAAUUAGUCAGUCAACAAGACAACCAUUUGCUGCGCAAAUCCGUCAGGAAUUGCUUGCAAUCCUGACAACUCGUGACGUUGCAACUUUAUUGGGAAAAGUGUUAAAAAAUUCUUUUCACUUUUAAACGUACACUUACAGUGGAUAGCCCUAAAAUGAAAUAACUUCUACUAUAAUACAACUUACGAUUCAUCUAUAGGCUUGGAUAACAUUAGAAACAGAAUUUAUCCUUCUAUUAAUGAAAGACAAUCCAGUAUGGCUUCAGCAUCAAGUACAAGUGCACGUAGCCUAUUUAUUGAAUCAAAAAUGCGAUUAGCAGAUAGAGUGCAAGUUAAUGUCAAUAAUAUUGCCUCCCUUGCGAGACAAAUACAGAGGGGCUCAAAAAGCAGCGAAAUUUUAAUGCAUGCAGCAAGAAACUUUGCACAGCAGGAACAUGGAUUAGAAAUGGUAGAAUCUAAUCUGAAGAAACUUGUUCUUAUAGCUACACAUUUAGAAUACCAAAUAGAUUUAAUUGACAAAAGUUCUGCAAUAUUGGAUGAAGUUACAGAACAAGUACGAUCUAUGCAGCGAUAAGAUACUAUAAAUGUGAUGCAUAUUUGUUAUUGUAUAUGUAAAUUUUAUACAAUUAAUAUAUAGUUGGUUUAUUUAUUGUUGUAUAUAUAAGUUCUAUGUAGUCAACAUGCAGAAAGCUAUUUGUGAAUAUUAAUAUUUUAAGAUUUGUUAAUUACUAGUUUAAAAUUUACGAACAUAUUUUAAAAAAUUUUAAAUAUAUUGUUUGAAAAUAUAUAAUUAUAUCCUC